AUGUCAUCAACCUAUACAUUUUCUGCGAGUAGGGACGCGCUUGGAAGUAGUCUCCAUGAAACCCUUAUUUUCUCCUCUCUCUCAUCCUUGCACUUCGGGUACAUCGCGAUGACAAAGCUUUUACAUGCCCGAUCGCAUCACCUGGAAACGCAGCAUUUCAGAGUUUUCAAAUUCCCGCGAGAUGAAUGA